CCGAGUCCGAGCGAGCGGCGAGAGUACCAUAGUAAUAAUCGGGCAAGAAACAACGAACGACCGGGCUGGAGUCGCGAUCACGAUUCCUCGGUUAUCGAACCUCGCGAUUUUUUUUUCGGUUUUUUCUUUUUAAACACCAAUAGUCACUUGUUUGUGUUUUCGCCAAGGGCUGCAAGAUGUUUAGUGUGUUCUACGUGGGCAUUUAGUUCGGGCGGGAUGUGUUGUUAUUUGGUGAAUAAUCGUCGGUGAAAGUUAACAGAUUUUGCGAAUAAGAAAUUUGUAUUUGUCUUCAACCGCGCGCAAUACAUCAUCUAUUAAAACCAUUUUUCUAUUGCAGAAAAUGACUUCAACCUCAUCAUCUACACUAGACGAUCUUCCAAAACAAUUUGUGGCCGCCAUGCGUACCCUCUUCGACAUCAUGGACGACAAACUGACAGGUUUCGUGAAUAUCGCCGACAUCGAGGCGAGGUGGCAAGAUGACGGGUCCAAGGGACUCCCGAAAGGUGUUUUGGAAAGCCUGAGGAAAGUCACGCCGCCCAAUGGGCUGCUGAGCUUCGAAAGGUUUUGUGCUGGACUGAAAAUUUGCUUGUUGAGGAAUCAGGUUGAAAGACGGAACGAUGGAAACAUGAAAGGACAAGAAAUAGGAAAGAUUAACAAUCCAGCGAAUCGUCCGCCUUCAGCACCAUUACUCGACAUAGUCGAUACCAACCAAAUCCAGAAACCUCCCUGGGCUACCAAUACCAACAACACUGCCGCCAUACGACCCAAUAACAUCAUGCCCUCGCAACAGAAUGUUACUAGAACAUUGAGUAUGCCCCAAUUGAAAGACGCACUCAAAAAUGACCAGAAUUUUGAUAAACCACCAGUAUUACCAGUACCAAAAGCACCACUGUAUGGUCCUCCCAAACCACCUCGUACCGCCAUAGGCAUGGAAAGGACCACCACAAAUGCGCCAGGAAAUCUCGACAGGGCAGAAAUCAGAACAGCGCUGGCCAAUUGGCAAAUGGGAUUACUAACUAAUCAGGAUCAAGGAAACAAAGAGGGGAAGCGGGUGUCGAAUGGCACAACACAGGGUUACCAAGGUAUACUAAGAACCGGAAGAAGCUUGGGGGAUGGUAAGGCAGCUGUGCAACCGGAAGUAACGCAACCGGUCCCUCACCAAACCCAAGGAAUUUACCAAAAAAAGCCAAAUGCGAGAAGGAGAGAACCAAGAAGGCAUACGCUACAGAAUGGAAUCGAUUACAACAUGCUGAAAAGGAUGAAACAAAUAGAACAAGAAAAAGAGGUACUAAUGACUGGACUAACUGCAGUUGAAAAAGCUCGUGAUUGGUACCUAAAGCAAGUAGCGGCAGUUCAAGAAAAGAUGAAAUAUUUAGGACGAAUGGGUCACGUGGAAACUUGGUCUGAAGCGCAGCAAGAACGUCUGGAACUGCAAAAAGCCAGAGUUUUGGAAGUAAACAGGCACCUAGCUGCAUUGACAGAAAGUUGGGAAAGAGGUGGAUUACCGCUUCAUAUGAAUCUAGCUGUUCAUCACUAUCCACCGUCCCAUGAUCUGGCAGAUAGAAUAAAACAACAAAAUCGUAUGCUUAAUGAGGAAGUCGGUAAGAAAAAUGAAAGGAUAGCUACGUUAGAGAGAGAAAAGGCCAGUUUAAUUCAAGUGUUACAGAUGAGAUCUCAACCACCUAGAACAAGUGGUACUGAAGAAGCAGUAUUUUGAUUUUCAAUUUGACUUUUUUUAAAUUAAGUUAUUUUAUAUUUUUGUAUAGUUUUUAAAUCAAUAAUUAUUUUUGUGAUGUAAUAUAUAACUUCUAAAUCUAGCAUUAUAGAUUACCUUAAGAAUAUUUUAAUAUUAACAGAUUUGAUCGAAAUAUUGUUACCUUGUGCCAUUAUUAUAUUAUUUUUCUUUGUUUUUAAUGGGAUAU